AUGCUGCUCUUAUUCGAAACCCCGGCGGGGUACUCCUUGUUCAAAGUCAAAGACGAGGAUAAGUUGAAAGAUAUCGAUGCACUGGCGAAAUCAUUUUCGAGCGCGGAAUCGGCCAAGAAAGUGGUCUCGAUGAAAGCGUUCGGGAAGUUUGAAAACACGACGGACGCGUUAGCGGCGGCGGCGACGAUGGUGGAGUCUAAAGUCGGGAAGUCGUUGAAGACGUUUUUGAAAAAGCACGUGAAGGAUGAAACGCUGGCGAUUGCGGAUUCUAAACUCGGGGUGGCUAUUAAAGAAAAAUUGGGGAUCGAGUGCGUGUAUUCGAACAACGUGAUGGAGUUGAUGCGAGGGGUGAGAUCUCAAUUGAAUGAGUUGAUUGGUGGUUUAACCGACGCGGAUAUCGCGCCGAUGGCGUUGGGUUUGUCGCACUCUUUGUCGAGAUAUAAGCUGAAAUUUUCUCCCGAGAAGGUGGACACGAUGGUCGUGCAAGCGAUUGGGUUGUUGGACGAGUUGGAUAAGGAAUUGAACACGUACGCGAUGCGAGUGCGAGAGUGGUACGGAUGGCACUUUCCGGAGUUGACGAAGAUUAUUUCGGAUAACUACGCGUACGCAAAGGCUGCAAAAUUGAUGGGCGAUCGCGCCAACGCGGCGAAUAUUGAUUUUAGCGGCAUCGAUACCAUCGACGAAGACGUGGAGAAUGAGAUCAAAGACGCGUCAGUAAUUUCUAUGGGAACGGAAAUCGCGCCGACAGACUUGGAUAACAUUGGUCAGUUGGCGGACCAAGUGAUUUCGUUGAGCGAAUACCGGGCGCAGUUGUCGGAGUAUUUGAAGGCGAGAAUGAACGCCAUCGCGCCGAAUUUAACGGUGUUGGUUGGCGAAUUGGUUGGCGCGAGAUUGAUUUCACACGCUGGUUCGUUGAUCAACCUGGCGAAACAGCCAGCCUCGACGGUGCAGAUUCUAGGCGCGGAGAAGGCGUUGUUCAGAGCGUUAAAAACGAAACACGAUACGCCGAAAUACGGUUUGAUUUACCACGCGAGUUUAAUCGGGCAAGCUGCGCCGAAAUUUAAAGGAAAGAUUUCGAGAGUUUUGGCGGCAAAGUGUUCGUUGGCGACGAGAGUGGAUGCGCUCGGGGAAGAGACGGAAGCUACGAUUGGUAUUAACGCCAGAGCGACAGUGGAAGCGCGCUUGCGUCAGUUGGAGGGUAAAACUUUGGGCGACGCCAGCGGCGUGACGAAGAUGAACAACGAGAACAAAAAGUUGGAUAAAGACCGCGACGGCGCCGUUAUCGCCGCCAAGAAGGCGUAUAAUCCAGACAAAGACGUGGUCGUGGAAGAUAAGAAAGAGAAGAAGAGCAAGAAAGAAAAGAAAGAGAAGAAGGACAAGAAGAGCAAGAGAGAACGAGACAACUCGAGUAGCGACGAGAAGAAAAGUAAAAAGUCCAAGGAUUCCUAA